CAGGGCCACGGCGGGAACCUCCCUGUGGCUCACAGGGCCCCUGAAGCUCUGAGGGCGGCCACAGCCAUCCCCGCCUGGCCUUUGCAGGCCACCGGAGUUGGGGAAACUGCCGCCAGCCGGCCGCAGCCCAGGACAGGGACGCAGUACUGCUUGGCUGGAGGUGGCGGGAGGAGGUGCCCAGGAGGGCGAUGACAUCACCACCCAGCCCUUGAAAGAUGAGCUGUUCCCCCGCCUCUCGGCUCCCGCGGGUCUCUGAGGGGUGGGGAGGACCGGCAGCUCUACUGGCUGGACCCAGGGAACCGAGGGAACCGCCAAGUGCCCGGCCGCUCUGGACAAGGCGCAGCCUUGCUUACAUCCCCAUCGGAGUCCAAAUGUUCUCUUCCUUGAAGACAUCAAUGUUCCUGACAGUCUAUGACGACCCCAUGCCUGCCACAGCCUCUCUGGGCGCCGAAAUGCUCAACAUCACCUCUCAAGUGCUCGCGCCCGCUCUGAACGGGUCUGUCUCCCAGAGCAGUGGCUGUCCCAACACGGAGUGGUCGGGCUGGCUCAACGUCAUCCAGGCCCCCUUCCUCUGGGUCUUGUUUGUCCUCGCCACCCUCGAGAACCUCUUUGUGCUCAGCGUCUUCUGCCUGCACAAGAGCAGCUGCACGGUGGCCGAGGUCUACCUGGGCAACCUGGCGGCGGCCGACCUGAUCUUGGCCUGCGGGCUGCCCUUCUGGGCCGUCACCAUCGCCAACCACUUCGACUGGCUCUUCGGGGAGGCCCUGUGCCGCGUGGUGAACACCAUGAUCUACAUGAACCUGUACAGCAGCAUCUGCUUCCUGAUGCUGGUCAGCAUUGACCGCUACCUGGCCCUGGUGAAAACCAUGUCCAUAGGCCGCAUGCGCAGGGUGCGCUGGGCCAAACUCUACAGCCUGGUGAUCUGGGGCUGCACCCUGCUGCUGAGCUCGCCCAUGCUGGUGUUCCGCACCAUGAAGGACUACCGAGACGAGGGCUACAACGUGACCGCCUGCAUCAUCGACUACCCGUCCCGCUCCUGGGAGGUGUUCACCAACGUCCUCCUGAACCUGGUGGGCUUCCUGCUGCCCCUGAGCGUCAUCACCUUCUGCACCGUGCAGAUCCUGCAGGUGCUGCGCAACAACGAGAUGCAGAAGUUCAAGGAGAUCCAGACGGAGAGGAGGGCCACGGUGCUGGUGCUGGCCGUGCUGCUGCUGUUCGUGGUGUGCUGGCUCCCCUUCCAGGUCAGCACCUUCCUGGACACGCUGCUGAAGCUCGGAGUCCUCUCCAGCUGCUGGGACGAGCACGUCAUCGACGUCAUCACGCAGGUCGGCUCCUUCAUGGGCUACAGUAACAGCUGCCUCAACCCGCUGGUCUACGUGAUUGUGGGCAAGCGCUUCCGGAAGAAGUCCCGGGAGGUGUACCGGGCGGCCUGCCCCAAGGCGGGCUGCGUGCUGGAACCCGUGCAGGCGGAGAGCUCCAUGGGCACGCUGCGGACCUCCAUCUCGGUGGAGCGCCAAAUCCACAAGCUGCCAGAGUGGACGAGGAGCAGCCAGUGAACCGCCAGCAGGGGCUGCUGCGUCCGUGUGUGAGGGACUGACGCGCCACAGCGGGCGCCCAGGAGGGAGCAGAGGCCAUCCCACCUGACCGUGCGCGACGCAGCGGUGUCUCCCGUAACCACAGGGGAGCGAUUGGUGCACUGCCGCAUUGCAGUGAGCGUGGCUAUGAGGAUGGGAGACCUCACGCACCGGCAAGGGCGCCAUAACCACGACAGCGGCAUUUGCCCUUGUCGGCUGCCAUCCCCGGCCAGCCUGCUCCUUCUCAGGAGUGGAGGGUGCGUGGGGCAGGGACAGCAGUGACUGAGCCUCCCUCCCACGUGGUGUCACUUUCUGCCACAGCGUAACAGCUCAGGUCACCAGAAUGGCCACCCCCACUAUGGGGCCGUGGCCAAGUGCUCAGUUAUCACCCUAGGUUUCUUUAAUCUGCUCAGCUGGGACCUUAGAGGAUCUGCAUUCAUGCAGGUUGAACUCUGAGAGAUCCCUGACAGGAACCCGGGGACCAGGAUCCUGCAGCUGUCCUCCGUGAUGGACGAGUUGAUGAGCACACAGACGGACUUGCUGCAGGUGCCACACGCUGAAUGCUUGGGCAAGAGCGGGGAAAGAAGAGGCAAGGUCCAUGUCUUGGAUGAACCUGGACUUCUGGACACUCAAGCGAGGAUGACUAAGCACUCAGGACCUCCAGGAGGCUCCUCCGUGACGAGGCCAAGCGAGACAGCGUGGGCAUCCAGGGGCAGAGGUGUGAGGAGCCCAGGGUUCCACUCAGCCAGUCACCACCCACCUCGUCCCUGCCUCAGUCUCCUGGGGACUGCCGUGUCCCGUGUUUCAUGCGGACAGCGGGCAUAAAAGGACUUUGAAAAGCAACAGGUGCUAUGUGCACGUGAGGUCUCACUACGUACACCGAGUGGGGACACGUUCGUUAUAAGGGACAGACGCUAAGGUUGAGAAGGGGCUCCAUGGAGGACACUCAGACUGGAAGCCAGGGAUGGUGGACAGCACCCACCAGUGUCCUGCACACAGUAGGCGUUCAGUACCCUGGGCUCCCUGCCACCUUUCCUUCCCAUCACCCCGCCCCCCACAUGCAUGCACAAAGUAUGUUUGCCGUGUGACGAGGCAGAGGGAGCGAGAAGCCUGAGGGGACCUGCCCCUGGGUCACGGAGCUCAGACCCUGCCGCAGGCAGGAGCUGCCCCAGGAUGACCCAGCUCUGGUGACCACUUGUGGGCCCGGGGGGACCCCAAGAAGAGCUUGAGUAGGAGGCAGUGGUGGCCACUACAGACAGCUGGCCAGCGACAGGACAUAAAGGUCACUGACCCAAAGCCAGGGCCACCAACCCCUCUAUGUGGUGGAUUGAGCCUUCAUCCGUGCAGCCCACAGCCCAGGGCAGCCUGGGCCCUGGCCGAGGUGACCUUGAGGACCCCCUUCUGGGGACAGCACUCCCCCAAGAUGGACAGUUCCGAGGGCCAAGGGGAAGGAGACAGAAAGCCCUCCCUCAGGGCCUUCCCUGCCUGUCCCUUUCCACAGAACCAGAGGGCGGAGUUGCUCAGGCUCCGCCUCCAGUGGUCAGCGUGUUGGCGGAGCCCAGGGGAGGAAGCUGGACCAGCCGCAUCCUUGGUCAGAAGCCUCAGUCCCCUGGGGAAUCCGUGUCUGCCUCCCGUGGCCAGCAUGGUUGGAGCCCCGCGGGGAGACGAGAGCCGCAUUACCCAGCCGGGGACAGUACCGCAGGAACUCCGACAGCUCUCAGCUCGCGGCCCCCUGGAGAGGCUGCCGCCUGCAGGACCAGGAGCGACGGCAUGGCACGGAGCCCCGAAGCCUCUAAAUUUAAACCAGAAAGGAUCAAAAAGAUGUCCCAGUAACACGCUUGGGACUAGAGGGAGCAAACAGGUGGAAUAGGAAGUCGGAACUGUUUAGUAUUCAAAUGAGCCAUGAGUAUGCAUGGGGGGAGGAGGCCACCCUUUACCAUGUGUAGCUCUCACUCCACCCGCAGAGCUGGGGUGUUCUAGGUCUCCUAGGAGCAGGGCCACACCCCCUGGGCUCCUAAUGGUCAGUUAGGGGUCCUCUCGCGGUCUGAGAUGCCACUGCUGGGCCUGGGGUAGGAGCUGCCCUGGGCACUGUGCUGAUUCCCUGAUAAAGAACACCUGUCCUGCAAAAGACCCCAAAAGCUGUCCCACUGUCGGCGUCUCCCAUGCCGGGACUUGGCGCACCAUGGAAACACGUGUCUCUUCUGCAUAGCACAAUAAACGGAUGGACAAGGA